AUGGCAACUUCACUUCUAGGGGAAGAACCGAGGUUGGGAUCGACUCCUCUGGCCAUGCUUGCUGCUACCUGUAAUAAGAUCGGCAGCCCUAGCCCGUCUCCUUCCUCCCUCUCGGACAGCUCAUCUUCCUUCAGCAAAGGCUUCCAUCCCUGGAAACGUUCCUCGUCCUCCUCCUCCGGCAGCUGCAACGUAGUCGGCUCUAGUCUCUCAAGCUUCGGCGUGUCGGGGGCCUCCAGGAACGGCGGCUCGUCCUCGGCCGCGGCGGCAGCCGCGGCGGCGGCAGCCGCAGCCGCGGCCCUGGUGUCCGACUCGUUCAGCUGCGGUGGCUCGCCAGGCUCUAGCGCCUUCUCCCUAACCUCCAGCAGCGCCGCCGCCGCCGCUGCGGCUGCCGCUGCCGCAGCCUCGACCUCGCCCUUCGCAAACGACUACUCAGUGUUCCAGGCGCCUGGAGUAUCGGGGGGCAGCGGCGGCGGGGGCGGCGGGGGCGGCGGCGGCUCCUCGGCGCACUCGCAGGACGGCUCCCACCAGCCCGUGUUCAUCUCCAAGGUGCACACCUCGGUGGACGGGCUGCAGGGCAUCUACCCGCGAGUGGGCAUGGCGCAUCCAUACGAGUCGUGGUUCAAGCCCUCACACCCUGGUCUGGCCGCCGCCGGCGACGUGGGCUCGGCCGGCGCCUCCAGCUGGUGGGACGUGGGCGCGGGCUGGAUCGACGUGCAGAACCCGAAUGGCGCGGCGGCGCUGCCCGGCUCGCUGCACCCUGCCGCCGGGGGGCUCCAAACCUCGCUGCACUCGCCGCUUGGAGGCUACAACUCGGAUUACUCAGGCCUGAGCGGCUCCGCGGGGUCGGGCAGCGGUGGCAAGAAGGGCAGCGACACCGACAGCGAGCACAGCGCCGCGGGCAGCCCGCCCUGCCACUCCCCGGAGCUGCUGCAGGCCCCUGAGCCCGGGCACCGCAACGGCCUGGAGUGACACGCACCCCAGGCCUGCCCCUCUCCGGGACCCCCUCCCCCCACCCCGUCCGCUUGGGCCUUGUGGGUCCUGGCCUCAGCUCCAGCCUCUUUCCACGGCACCCUGCUCACUCUGUCUCUAUCUCUGUCCCACUCUCUUUUAACUCCCUCUGUGACAUAACUGUUAAGGAAAUAUGGACAUGUAAGUAACAAGCUUGCUUUCCUGGGCCCUAGCUUUCCCUCUACCAUCGGGUAACACCGUCGGAGUCCAGGAUAGCCCUAGUCGGUGCCUCGCUAGGCCUUUAAUUCUGGUCCUGUCCUCCUCAUUCUCCCUCCGCCAUCCCCAGCUGUGACGGGCAUUUCUUUUAUAGGGAAACGGCCUCUGAAGGUAGAGCUGGAUGAAUCCAGUGCCUGGGAGACCGGGGGACUUCGCACGGGCGCGAACAACUCUGCUGAACAAGGUUGAGCUGUACCGUGGGGAGGGCGAAGCAGGAGGCCCGCACGGGACCUUCCUGCCGGGCUAGCCGCCGACUUCGUUCCAGAACAGCAGUCUUGGGCCUCUCGGCUUCGGAGCGCCCUGCGCUGCAGCUGCUCCCCGCUGCCCGCCCGGCGCAGAGCCGUCUAGUG